CUAUGUUUGGCUAUUCCGAGUAAACGGGUCAAAGUUCGUCAAAAGCCAGGUCGAAGAAAAGGAUACAACGCAAAUUAGUGGCCUUCCUCUCCCCAGAAUGAGAGGCCUAAGGCGUCGAGGCCCUCUGGUUAAGAUGAACGAAAACACGCUUCUAUUACAGUUCCGUCACCGCCAUUUAUUGAGAGGUCUUUUCGUUGUUGGGUUAACGAAACUAAUUGGUGGGAUCGGCGGCGGCUAUGGGACGCCAUCAUGGGGAAAAUGAGAUGGAGGCGAUGAAGAAGGCCUAAACCAAGACCUUGAAGGGUCGGUUAUGGCCAUCGCUCCAAGCAGAGAAGAGGAAUGACAAUAGGGGUGGAAGGACCAAGAGGAUGAAAAGGGAAUGAAUGAAUGGAAGUAAGAUGGAACCUAGU